UCGUCAUAGCCGAUCAAUCUAUAAUACUCACUGCCACAAUACAAAUAUCAUAUCAAGGCAGAAGGCCUGUAUCUAUGCGCCUGCUGUUUCGUGCAUCCCUCGUCUCUGCCCUCCCGCUCUCUCCCCUCCCGCGAUCAGCGGCGGACGGACGGCGCACACGGCAGAGACGAGGCUGUAACAACCAUUGGCCCUGUGCCGCGCGUCUAUUACUCACUGACGAUACUCAGCCUCGCCGUCGCCUUCCACACAGAUAACGGCAUGACGAAAGGCAGCUGCGGUGCGGUCCCUGAACUGAGCACAUUCCUGUACCAUCUCCUGUAAUUGCAUAUUUUGUACUGUAUGAGAGUGCAGCUGCCCUCACAGCCACCAAAGGGCCCUCAGUUGCCAAUUCCUCCCCACAUCUGCAACCUAAUGUGCCAGAAUUAGGUAACACGAGGCGUGAACCGACCAGGCUGAUCUGCAUGCUUUGCGACAGCAGCAGACAAUGCUCCUAAGGAAAACGACACCUAUUUGAGCAGAGGAGUCAGGAUGUCGUCUCGGACCGGUCGCUACCGCUCUUUGACUGCCAGUUCCACUUCAGCGCCCCCUCCACGGACCGAGUUCACCACGACACUCGAAGAACUCCUUCUCAUACUCAAAGAGAGUCUCCAGAACCCAACAAAAUUCCGGGUAGAUGACAUCACAGCUGUAUCUACAACUGUACAGUCUAUACGGCAAUGUCUCGACAAGUCCCCAAAGUCUGAUCGCCCCAGAGAUGCCUUUAGACACCUCGACGGGUUCCAGACAAUUUUAGACACUAUCCGCUCUGUCUCGGGCUACUAUCAUCCCACAGCAAGAACACAAGAGGAAAAAGAGAAGCUAUUUCAUCUCCUCGCAACUACUCUCGCCUUGUUAUCGGACGCAUUCCGAGGCCACCAUGGAAAUCGAAGAUACUUUAAGAAACGAGUCGAAGGGGGCGGCUGGGCCGCCCUUGAGCAAGCAAUUGCGAGCAUCGGCUUCGGGGGAAGCGACUUUGACACAUGGAGCGAAAACAAGUUAUUCGGCAUAUUGCUGGCCUUUGCAGUUGACAAUGAGAAGCUGUACUCUCUAUGCCAAGACAUUCAAGGCAGCUCCUUUGAAAAAGACAGUUCACCAUCCAAGAAAAAACCAGAGGAGCCUAUGAAGGAGAGCUCCGAAGCUCAGGAACUAGCUAGUCGACCAGCGGCCUCGGGCAGCGAUGACGGUGCAUACGAAAUUGCACGGAUGAUAGAGAAGGACAUAAGUGACAAGCUCAGAGAUAUUGAUGGCCUCUGGAAUCCAGAUAUCGCUCCAACCAUAAUCGGAUUUUGGAAAGCGCUGCCUAGAAGCCGCCCAUUGUCACUGGCCCCAACAUCCAUUGUAAUAAUAUUGGCUCUGUCAAAUAUUUCCGCCGCUUCGCAGGCCAACCUGUUAGGUCUACAUUCAACAGGAAUUCUCUCGUCUAUCCUUCCUUCGGCAUUUGAUGAUGGUACCGGCCUUUCCUCGCCUGAACAAAAAGCCGUGGAAAAUCUUUGUGGAUCAUUGAUGUCCCUUGGCUUGACUUCACUUGAAGAUGCUCGCUAUUUACUUCGUAAUCGAUCCCCUAGAGCUGCGGAAUUUUUGCUCAGGAUGACAAAGGUGACGCAAAAUCCGCCGCAUAUACAAUUUGACCUGUCUCUCAAUGGGUACUCUUCGAUAGAGCUCCCCACUCUCGGUCGUCCAUUUCCUCCUCCUUCUUCCACUGCAGGUUACACCUUCGCAGCCUGGGUACAUAUAGAUCGAUUUGAUCCAGACGCGCACACUACUAUAUUUGGAGCGUUUGAUAUGAGCCAAACAUGCUUUGUUCUUGCAUAUCUUGAAAAAGAUACCCAUAACUUCAUUCUUCAAACUUCAGUCACUUCGUCCAGACCGAGUGUCCGGUUCAAGAGCACAGUCUUCAAGGAAAACAAAUGGUACUAUAUCGUGGUCGUCCACAGGCGUCCGCGAGCAAUAGCCUCAAGCAAAGCAGCAUUAUAUGUUGACGGCGAAUUUGUGGAGCAGGUAAAGUGUCAAUAUCCAUGUCUUCCGCCACAAUCAAACCCCAGCACGGAGAGCUUUGCAUCGUUUUCUUCUUCCAGCUCCAAACUAAAUCCGGUGCAUGCUUUUGUUGGUACUCCUCAAGACCUUUCAAGCAAGCUAGGACAUGGUAUGGUGUUUUCGAAAUGGUCAUUAGCAUCGGCACAUCUUUUUGAAGAAGCUCUCAGCGAUGAAAUCAUUGCUGUCCACCACAGGCUUGGACCUCGAUAUAAUGGAAACUUCCAGGAUUGUCUUGGGUCCUUUCAGACAUAUGAAGCAUCGGCUGCUCUGAGCAUGAGAAAUGACAUCAUGCAUCCAGGAAAGGAUGAGAAGUCUGAGAUUGUGACUGCAAUCAGGGAUAAGGCAAGCAAUCUGAUCCCUGAAUCACGGAUAGUGCUUAGCAUUCUACCAAUCGCUAUACUGGGAGAUGACAUCCAAGGCGAACUUGAUAUGCCACAGCUGGUGGGUGGCCUAAGCGCAAGUGCGUCGACAAACCUAUAUCGCCUUGCACACAACACUGGCACGUCUGUUGCCAUCAAUGCCGCCAUCCCUUUCUACAACGAUGCACUGGUUUCUCCAAACGGCGUGGCUUUGUUAAAGGGUGGCCCUGUCGUCAUUGUGCCCCAGGCACUUGACGAUGCCAUGUGGCGUCUUGGAGGAUGCAUCGCGAUUGGAAUGAAGCUUGUGGAAGACGCUACCUCCAGAGAAGAAUUAGUACGGGCUGUUGAGAUAUUUUUUGAGAGUAUCAAGGGCAGCUGGAGGAACAGCGAGGCUAUGGAGCGUGAAAACGGCUACGCCGUCCUUGCUGCUUUAUUGAGAGGCAAGUUAAGCGCUACAACUUCGGCGACAUCUGGGAGUAGCCAGAUUGGUGAAGCUCUCCCGACGUGUCCUGAAGAGCGGGACAAGGUAAGCUUCGAGUUACUUAGUGUCGUCUUGGGAUUUGUUGGCUACAACCAUAGGGCCCCAGAAGAAUCUAUGAUAAACAAUCCCAUGGCAUACCGCACCUUGGUGGCAGACUUUGACGUUUGGCGGAAAAGCGCCGCCAUUACCCAGAAGCUCUACUAUAAGCAAUUCAUCACCUUCGCAGUAAUGAGCAAGCAUCACCAUUAUAAUUCCAAGAGAUUGGCACGCAUGAGGAUUGUGAAACGCUUUCUUGACGCAUUGAAAGCCGAGACCUUCACAUCAGACAUCUUCCCUGGGUUUGUAGAGGCAUUUACCGUCCUAGUAUUGGGCAGCCUGAAUCCUGAAGUUCAUCGUUCACUCGCCUUGUUUGUGACUUAUUCUUUCCAUAAGCCAAGCACUUCAGCAUUGCGGACACCCAAGGCUAAAUUUGGAACCGUCAAUAACCCAAGACUGGGCCUCUCAGGACCAAAGCGUCCACCAAUAAACACAUCGCUUGAUGGCAAUGUCGAUGCACCAUCUUCCGUCAUGUCCAAACGGGAACUGGGGAGGGGCAUUCUGCAAAUGUACACAGACUUGCUGUGUGAGAAAGGAAGCACUAUAAACCUGAAAAGGUUUGCCAAAACUGUCACAAAUAAGUGGCUGUUGCAUCUUUUGGCUGAAGACGAUGCUGAAGUUGUCGUUCUCGGAACUAAGAUCCUGGCUCGUCUCCUUGUUGUCCAUGGUUCUGCAUAUGUGAAGAAGUUCACAGAAUCAAGUGGUGGCUUUGUUGUCAUGCGCUAUCGAUUAAAGCGGUGGUGGGAUAUACCUACGCUUUAUCCCAUCAUCUUCAGCAUUCUCUUCAACUACGACGUAGCUGAGAUUGAUUUUGAAAGGUCGUUUGAUCUAUUCAGUCUUUCUGAACUGUUUGGGCGUAAGUCCUUGGUAUAUCCUGACGUCCUUCCAAUUAUUGUGUCCAUGCUACAGCAAGGACUUAAUACCUUGGUUCAUAACCAAGAUGAUCCCGAUUCGCCCCAUCCUGAUAAGAACAACGGCCCUGCUGGAGGUCAGUUAAAAGUGCCAACCCUAGGAUCACGACGGAGAUCAAUGUCCUUGACAAAAGAAUUGGAGGCGCGACAACUAGCAACAUCUUCCACAGAGAAGCUUGGUGGCCAGGCAACUGUGCUCCAUGCAGUUAUCAGGUUCUUAUCGUAUCUCCACGAACAGUCUCAGAAUUUCCGUGAUUUUUCUAUCACCUCUGAGUAUGUGCGGCUCCUUUUUGCCGUUCUCUUCCCGGCGGUAGUCAAUGCAGACGCUGUCAGCCCCGAAACUGAGCUAAAUUCGCGGGAUUCUGCUCUUACAUUUGAUGGAGAAGAUGUUAUCAUCCGCCCGACCCAAAGAGGAUUAUCGGCGCCGUCUCCGGUUGUCCGUACCACUACCGUCGAAACACAUCUCGGUCAAGAUGUACACGGGACCAGCUCCAAAGCAAAACCGCUUCGACGUGGCUCAUCCUUUAUACUGUUAACAGCAAACCGCCCUGCAUUGUCGCCAUCUCCGGCAAAGUUGACGGGGAUAGGUAACCCGCAGAAUGCAGUCAUAUCUCAAAAGGUUGGCAAUGCUGUCGUCGAGGAGCUACUGGAACUCACCAUCAAUGUGUUUCUUGAUCAGAUUCUUGAGCGUAAAGAAUUCCCAGGCUUUGGCCUGUUUCUCAAAGUGCCACCAGGGUUCCAGGAACACCAAGCAUAUUUCGAAUCAUACAUAUUGCGGAAUACAAUAUCACACGUUUCCAAUACGAUACAAUUACAACCCAAGUUAUUAAUACAACCAAAAAUCAUAACAAACAUGGCCCGUUUCACAACCCAUAUCACAGAGGCAAUUUUUGAAGGAUGGUUCCUUGGAGGUGCGGAGCCAUUUUUGGAUUUUGCUGGACACCUGCUGGACUAUUUCCAACAAGGAGAAACGUCAAAGAUUAAAAGUGUUCGGCUUUGCAACCAAGCGAUCCAAACCAUUCGCAGCACGUUCCUGCGGGUCGUGCUUUUACGCUUGUCCGAAAUCGAUGCUGCGGGCGUUACUGAAGAGGAAGCCGCCCUGUUUAUGAACAAGUUGCUUUACUGGCAGACCAUUUUCCUGUCGGCCGAGGCUAGUGAAGGGGAGUUCUUGAAGCUCAUGUGUUAUCAGCUAUACAUGAAGUUGGUUGACCCGCGCCAGAAAAUAUGCUCGGCUGCGGCGGACCUGUGGCGUAUUUUACUUGUUCAAAAACCGGACGAAACAUCAGCGAUCUUGGUGAUGUCUAUGGACAAACAAAGGCUAAUUUUAGGAUUCAAGAGGUUAAUGGAACUAGACAACGAAUCGUUUGUCGAGUGGGUCGGUGACCAUCGAGAUGAACUCGACAAACCGUUUUUUGGCGCACUGUCCAAAACAUGGGAAGAUUUUGUUAAUGCCGAAAACGGGAAAACGGAAGAGGCAUUGAAGACGCGCCUGGCCAAGCGCAAGGAUAGGCUGAGGCAAUGGCAGGGAGAGGACAGGAACGAUGCGGAUGUUAUGCUACGUCAUGACCUUACAUCCAAUCUUUGGGGGAAGAAUAUUUACGCCGCCGAGCAUCUGAAACACCAGAGGACGAUGCAGGAUCAACAAGAAAACCUCACAUUCAUGAUUAAUUCGUUUAUAAAGAUGGGUCGAGACUUGCAUAGGACCUGUGGCGUUUUCGACAAUGGUGUGCCAUGUAAGUGGAGGUUGGAUCAAACCGAGGGUCGCAAUAGGAUGAGACUUCGUUUAAUUCCUGAUCGACCCAGCUCCGAGGAGUAUCAACCCAAAAGGAAAAACAAUGUGCCAGAACCAGCCAUCAAACUUAAUACUCAACUUGGACCAGCACCGGCUACUGCAGACGUCGCUCCAACACCAGUAUCUACCGCUAUCCCUGUACUAGAUGGGUCCCAGGAUUCGACAAGCGGUGUUUCAACCAUCGGUUCUGGCAAGCAAGAAUCAGAAGACGCAGCGAGCGUUGUUGGAGAGGAAGACUUUGAACUUAUUGACGAUCCAAAUGAUAAUGACGACAACUUUGAAGAUAAGCAGAGGAAGGUUAUGAGGAGUCUAGAACGUGGGGAUCAGGUCCAGCACGUUUUCAACAUAUCUCGGAUUAUUGGUCUUGAGGCUUGUGAAGGGCUUCUAAUACUUGGAAAGGACUCGCUCUAUCUCAUUGACGACUUCUUUCAACGGUCUGAUGGGGAGAUUGUCGAUGUAUGGAACGCACCCGCCGACGAAAGAGAUCCAUACGUUCAGAUGAUUUCGGGAAAGGAAAUUAAGGAAAAGCCGUCGAAGAGCACAGGCGAGCAAGAAAGUCGCAGCUGGAAAUGGAGUGAGGUACUGAGCGUUUCGAAGCGCAGGUUUUUGUUCCGCGAUGUUGCCGUGGAGGUUUUUUUCACUGAUGGGAGAAGUUAUCUUCUAACUGCCUUGAAUCCGGUGCUUCGAAAUGAUCUUUAUUCGACGAUGACGAGCAAGGCACCGCACCCCAGCGAUAAAUCGCCGCCUGCUGAUGGAGAAGAUGCGUGGCGAAUGGAGGCGCUGAAGGCCCCCGACGAGGCACCCACAACGCUCAGUUCCCGCAUCGCUGGCCUAAUGAACUCAUCUCCCUGGAACCCAACGAUGCGUAGGUGGGCCAAGGGAGAGAUAUCCAACUUUCACUACCUGAUGCUAGUGAACACCAUGGCCGGACGCACAUUUAACGAUUUGACUCAGUACCCGGUAUUCCCGUGGGUCAUUGCAGAUUAUACCAGCGAAGAGCUUGACUUGGAUAAUCCGGCAACAUUCCGUGACCUUUCGAAACCCAUGGGAUGCCAGCAUCUCAGCAGGGCAGCUGAUUUCGUGGAAAGGUAUAAAACCUUUGCGGAAAUGGGCGAACAGAAUCCGUUCCACUAUGGCACGCAUUAUACUUCUGCUAUGAUUGUGGCCUCGUACUUAAUCAGAUUGCAGCCGUUUGUCCAAUCAUACCUCUUGAUCCAAGGGGGUAACUUCGACCACCCCGACCGCAUGUUUUAUUCGAUAGAAAAGGCAUGGAAAUCAGCAUCGCGGGACAAUAUGACUGAUGUUAGGGAGCUGACACCAGAGUUUUUCUGUCUACCCGAAUUCCUUACCAAUAGUAACGGCUUCAACUUCGGAUUACGGCAGGGUACUGGCGGUUCUAUCGACAACGUCGAAUUGCCGCCAUGGGCCAAAGGCGACCCUAAAAUAUUUAUUGCAAAGAAUAGAGAAGCACUAGAGAGCCCGUACGCCAGCGCCCAUCUUCACGAGUGGAUCGACCUCGUCUUUGGCUGCAAGCAAAAUGGCGAGUCUGCAAUCGAGAACGUAAACGUAUUCCACCACUUAUCAUACCGUGGAGCAACGGAUUUAGACGCAAUACAAGACCGCCACGAGAAGUUACAGACCAUCAGCAUAAUUCACAACUUUGGCCAAACACCUCACCAAGUUUUCUCAAAGCCACAUCAAUCUCGCGACGACUGGAAAAAUAAUCCACGCCGGCUUGAUACAACCGCAAGUUCACUUACGCGCCUUCCAUUUCCACUAUUUGAGCACCCCGACAAAAUAACCUCUUUGACCUACGCACCUAAGCUCGAUCGAUUACUCUGUGGCUCCGCCUUCCGCUUGAAUAUGCCCUCAUUAUUUGAUAAAUACAUGGAAUGGGGCUUCGCAGACAACAGUGUGCGAUUUUACGCGGCAGAUUCCAAAAAGCUACUCGGCUUGUUUGAGAACUUGCACCAAGGCCAGCUCUCAUCGGCGAUGUUUGUAGACUCCAAAACUCUGGUCACAGCAGGUGUCGACUGUGUGGUCUCCGUAUGGAGGACGACCGUCUCGCCAAAUGCCAAGUCUGUGGACCUCGCUCCUAUGACUAGCCUCUUUGGGCAUACGCAGCCUGUUUCUACACUAGCAGUGAGCAAAAGCUUCAGCACGAUCCUAUCGGCAUCGACUGAUGGCGUCGUCCUAUUAUGGGACCUUAACCGUCUCGAGUUCGUGCUCAAGCUCGCCUCAGGCCGCGCGGUGCAGUGUGCGCAGAUCAACUCUGUCACCGGUGAUAUCUUGCUUUGCCGCGGGCAGCGAGCCGCGCUAUACACGCUUAAUGGCGACUUAAUGGUCGACCAGAACAUCUGCACCGACUCGGACGACUACGUACAUUCUUGUGCAUUCUACGAGGGUGCAGGCAACGAAUGGCUUGUGAACACGUUGAUCUUUACCGGACAUCGGCGUGGUGUGGUGAACUGCUGGCGCAAGUGUGUGGGGGCGAGUGGGAAGUGGAAUCUAGAGCUAGUGAAACGACUCGAUCAUGUCGACCAGAGAAAGGGAGGAGAGAGGACCCCAGGCACGAUUACUGCUCUAACGCCAAUGCCCACUGGGUUAUAUACUGGAGACGAGGAUGGCAAGGCUUACGAAUGGACGUGUGUGCAAAGAGCAGUUGGGACCGUACGUUCAUGAGUCAUUGAUCACGUACGUUAAAUAUGUUAAGGGGUCCAAUAUGUAUGGAAUCGGAGCGAAUCCAUGGGAGGGGCUGUUGUAGCUAGCUGUACGUAGAGAAUGUGGGGCAUAUAUCCUCUAGUGUCUGCAAAACUAUAAAC